AUGCUUUCAGAUGAAAUCAAAUGCGAUGUUCCGUUGUCAGCACAAGAAUAUGUCCUCGGGUCAGCUCCCACUUUGUCGUGUCCGCUGGAAGUCGCUGAAGUUGCUGAUAAAGUCAGCCGAAUUUCUCAAGCAGCUUCCAUUGAGGGUCUGAAGUGGGCAUUGGACUUUGGAUUCAGGAACGAUGUGCAGCGACUCAGUCUGAAUUCAAGUGCUGCAGCUGAUGCCUAG